CGUCCGACCGUCGAAAACGAAAACCAAAAUCAUUCAAUUUCGGAUUCUCAGGAAAGCCAAUCGCGUAUUUGGAAUCGUUCCAACAUUUGUUUACGUUUGCUGGUAUUAAUCAGCACUUCAGCUUAUCCGUGUAUUCCUUUGUUCUCGUCUGUAUUUUGCAUUCGAGUGGUCCAGUGAUAGUUUGCAUUAAUAUACGUUUUGUUUGUUAAUUAUGGGUUCUCUCCAAGCUGAAAGCGAGGAGAAGCAAGAGAUGGACGAUAGCGGUUGUAUACAGGACGAAACUCCACCGUCCAAGCGCCACCCAAACGGGGUAGAAGGAGUCCAACUCUUGGACCUUUCCGACGAUGUGUUACUACUUAUACUGCGGUACCUCACCCCUAGAGACCUCAGGGCAGUAGGAUAUACCUGCCCCCGCCUCGGCGAGCUAAUACUAGACCGCUCGCUUUGGCAAACCGUCGACGCACGCGGCCAACCGUGGGGCCGCGCGCGUUUCCGCUGGUACCUAGCGCGGGCGCUCCACGCGGGCACACGGGAGCUGCUGAUAAGCGGUCACGCGAGAGAAACCAUCAGCAAUGCCAACCAACCAAAAGAGGAGGUAGAAACAAAAGAGAAGGAAGAUAAGGACAAUGGGAGGGAAGAGGACAACAACAACCAACCUGAACGGAGGAAGAGGGACCAUAGAUUUACGGCCCAGCGUGUCAUAGAUGUUCCUGCUUUGGGUCCUAACGCUCAACUCUACAUAGACGAACAGAGAUCCAAUUCCCCAGACACGUACUCCUGGCCGCGUCCAUCCGACACGGUCUCGGACGGCACCGGACCCGAGUUCACACUCACCCCGGCGUCGCUCCGGCAGCUGUCGGACACAUGCCCGCAUCUCACCUCCCUGGCGUUGGAAUACUGCAACAUCAACUGUAACUGUACAAGCAUCAGCAUGUUUCCACCGACCCUCAAGAAGCUGUCACUCCGCGGCUCCAAGUGUUACAACCUGCCUCUAGAUCGCUCAUUCUUGUUCAAAAUACAAGAUUCUCUGCCUGGUUUGGAAUCGCUUGACGUGAGCGAAUGCGAGUGGAUGGAGCCGGCGUCGCUGCUGCCGCUGAGCAAGCUGCCGCACCUGCAGCACCUGCUCGCGCGGGAUUGCCCGCGGCUCACCGAGUUCGUGGCCUACGCCUCGCUGGCCACCAGAUACGGGUUCACUAAACUGCACUCACUAGAUCUCCGCGGCUCCCCAGUAGGCGAUUCCGAAGUGUCAGCGCUGGGUUGGCUGAGCACGCUCUGCCACCUGUGGCUCGCCCCCGCCAAGCCGCCCGCUAGCCGGGACCCGCCCGCCUGCCGGGACGAGUGGGAGGACCAGGAGCCAGAGUACUACAAACUGAAGGAGCCAGAUGACGACUCUGACGCCCCCGAGAGCUGCUCGGACGACAACGGCCACACCUGGCAGGCCAAGUGCAAUGGCUCUUCCGACUACGGCGGCUCAUUACCAGCAGUCUUCAGCUCACCAACUAUGAUCAUCAACGCACCACGCCGCGCAUCAAACCCCCGACCCAGACCCACUAACCGCCCCAGUACCUCAAACGAUCCAACAAUCAACGUAUCUCCAAUGCAAGAUCAAAAUGACUCAAACUUACCUGGUGGAUCUUCUAAUGAAAAAGCUUGUGUGCGCACACAGGGGGCUAAUAUAUCUAUGACACCACACACAGAGACAAGCAGCAACUCUAAAGUGAAAGCGCAGAAACGUAGAACAAGAUCGCCUAGUCCAGGGCCGUCUAAACGGAAACGCGAUGACAGUUCUAGUUCCGAUGACGAUGUUCCUUUGCAGAAUCUGAUUAAGCCAAAUGUUAAUGAGGGUGCUAGUACUUCGAAAGAAGAGAUGGAAGAAGAGGAUGAUGAAGAUAAUGAGCAAGAGGAAGAAGAAGCUCAACCCCGUCAUCACGUCUUAUACGUCAACGUAGGCCAACGUCUCCACGCCGUCUACCGUCUAUCCUUAGACAACGAACACGUGGUAUCUUUUAACCGUCACUCUAACCGCAUGGAUCGGAACAUCUUCCUAUCCCCUCCCGGCUCACAUCUCGACGCGACUUCGCUCGUCACUGACUCCGCUAUAAGAAGAUUUGGCAGAGCCGAUGGGGAAGACAUUAACUACGUUCAUAUAGGCCCUAAUGGACCUUACCCUGGCGCUCAAGUGCCCGGUGCGAGACCUGAUAGAUCUUCACUCAUGCAGCUAAGCGUUACAGGUUUUAGGACUAUCACAGAUAGAAGUCUAGAUCAUUUAGCUACAUCUGCGCCGUUCCUUCGGCUGCUAGAUUUGUCGGAGACUAAUGUAACUGAUGCUGGUGUGGCUGCUUUUAGGAGUUUGCGGCCAGACUGUAGGGUGAUUUAUAGUAAAUAUCAGAAGAAAGAUUGAAUUUAGGAUGGUUAUCUAUAGCUAGCUUAUGUUUAGCUUCCGGGAGCAUAAUUGGUAUAGAUUCUUUAGUUUGAAAGUGGAGCCGCGCUCAAGUGUAUAUCGAGAUUUGAAGGCAAAAUUAAAUAACUACACGCAGUACCUAUUAAAAGAAAAUUAGUUUCUUUCUGGCUUGAGAUGAUAAAAACAUAACUUGCAACAUUACUAACAACAUUACAAAAAAGAUCUCUUGAUAUUAAAACUAAAUGAGGUAAAUUAUUACAAAAAAAAAUAUAUUAAAAGUUCUUAGCUGAAAUACCUACCCUAUACUUAUGUAUGCGACAAAAUAUUUGACCAAUGCAUAGUUGCAUAACUGAAUAUAAUUAACUUUAAUGAUUUACUUCAGUAAAUAUCAAAUGUUACUGAUGUCUAUACAAAAUUAUAUCAAUUCGUUUAGCAAAGUGGUCAAAACAUGUAUCCUUCAGUAUUUGAAAAUUCAAAUUGCAUAACUUUAAUUUGUAAAUAAAUUAUAAUUAAUACAAAAUUUUAACUUUACGAAAUUAUUCUAAAUUCCGAGCCGGGCUGAGCGCAGACACUACAAUCUACGACCCUAUUAGUUAUCCUUGGCGUUAAAGGGGUAUUAAAAGUUGUUCAAUGUUCACUAUAUUAAAAAUUUUG